CACGCCCCCGGGGAGGUCGGAAAAUAAAGAUGGCGACCAGCGGCAGGUGUUGCCGGAGGAGCGUGCUGCUGGUGUUGCUAAUAGCGCUGCUUGGUAUGCCGUCUCCGGCGACGGCGGUGCUGGGGGACCCCAACGCCGCUCAGAAGUGCCGCGACACGUGCCUGGAGGGGUGCACCGGGUGGAUGGUGGUGUGCCACGUCUCAUGCGCCAGCGCCUGUGCCGGCGCCGGCGGCAUCGGCAUCAUGAGCAUCGACAACGGCAUCCCGCCGGACCACCCUAACCACGACGAUCUCCCCAAGCCGCCGCCUCUGCCAGACCUCCUUCACCACCGUCCGCUCCAAGGAGCCGGUGGAAUCGCACCGUCGCCGGCGCCGGCAGCAUCAUCGUCGACAUCGAACGAUGCAGCAACUUCUAUUUUCUAACCUGAGCAUAUAUAUA